AUGGACUGCACAGAUAAUCCUGGUGCUAAUUAUCCGCCUGUAAAAGUCUGUUCUAAAGAUCCACCGUACCGUUUCGAACAAAAGCAUGAACAUCCUGAUGAUUUACGAAAGAUUAUCGAAGAUUUGAAUGUUUUGAAUCAAACUUUAUUGAUAUUCGCUAGCGAUAAUGGACCGUGGUCAUCGAAAUGUGAUUUGACGGGUAGUCAAGCGUUAUCGGCGGGAGAUGGUGCAGGAGGUGUGAUCAAACCAGAAAGUGUUUUCGAAGCCAUCGGAUCGAAUUUGGAGAUGAUACCAACGGUUGCACAUCUCGCCGGUUUCUCUCUACCAUCUAAUCGUACUUUCGAUAGUUCGAAUCAAGGUUACGACUUUCUUUUUCAUACUGAUGAAUUUGGUGUGCUUUCUACGAUUCUUUAUAAUCAAUAUAAAGCUUAUUAUACCACAUAUUCUGCCAUUGAUGGAGCAUGUGGUGGUAAAGAAGGUUUAAUCAUCGAUCAUAAACCACCACUGAUAUUCGAUCUCAGUCGUGAUUUAACCGAAUCGAUGCCAAUCAAGGUCUCACAAUCCAUAUAUGACGCGAUCGAUCAGGCAUUACAAACGAAAUUGAACGAUAUUGAAACUACACUACAUGUGAAUGUAGAUUACCGAAUUGGAGGAUUCGACACACGUGUUUGUCGUUGUAACGAUUACUUUCUCUCGAUCGUUGAUCUGUUUUUGUUAUACAAGCGGUAA